UUUUACGAGUUUCUCUAACAAUCAAAAAAGGCAAUAUCAAAAUCUACCUAUCUUCCAUUUCCAUUUCCGCCCAACCAUGGCCACCCUUGCCAUCGGUUCCCUUCUCCAAAACCCUAGGCUAUCGUCUCCUCGCGGACAAAAGUUGUUGUUAAACUUAAAGCCUCUUCACUCAUUGGAUUUGGAUUGUUCUCCACAUAGAAAGCUUCUCUGCUCUCGUGGUGCUUGCUUCUCUAACUCCAACCCUUGCGGGAAGUUUCAUAUCGUUAAAGCCAGCUCAACUGAUACAGCUCCCAUUGACACCUUUUCUUCCGCUGACAUCUUGUACGAACAAACUUUUCCCGUCAACCGAAUUGAAAAGGUGGAGGGAAAACUGUUGAUCAGGUUGGAUCAAUCAAAGGAACAGCUGAAUUGGCGACUUACAAUAGGAUGUAGUCUUUCAGGAAAGUGGAUUCUUCAUUGGGGAGUCUCUUAUGUUGGUGAUACUGGCAGUGAAUGGGAUCAACCUCCUAAAGACAUGUGGCCUCAUGGUUCAAUUCCCAUUAAAGACUAUGCAAUUGAGACGCCCUUCAAGAAGCCGUCUAAAGAUGAUACAUUUCAUGAAGUAAAGAUAGAUUUUAAUCCCAGCAGUGCGAUUGAAGCUAUACAUUUUAUCCUCAAGGAUGAAGAAACUGGAGCCUCGUAUCAGCACAAAGGUCGAGAUUUUCGGGUGUCUCUUGUGAAUUACCUCGAGGAUGAUGGCAAUAUGAUUCACACGAAACGCAGCUUUGGCAAAUGGCCAGAUGCUGUGGAGCAACUCCCUAACAUGGUACUUAAAGCAGAAGCAUCAUGUGACUCUAAAAAUGAGAACAGGCGACUUGAAGGGUUCUAUGAAGAGCAGCCCAUUGUAAAAGAAGUUUCUGUCGGUAACAUGGUCAAUGUUGCAAUUAGGAAGUUCCCUGAUGCAGCAAAUAUUGUUCUACAUUUAGAAACUGACAUACCUGGAGAUGUUGUAGUUCACUGGGGAGUUUGCAGAGAUGAUGCUAAAACAUGGGAAAUAUCUGCUGUACCAUAUCCACCUGAAACAACUGUGUUCAGGAACAAGGCUUUACGCACCUUAUUGCAGCCAACAGGAAAUGGAUCAAGGGCAUUGUUCACUUUAGAUGAAAAACUUGAUGGAUUUCUUUUUGUUCUAAAGCUGGAUGCUAACAGUUGGGUGAACUUUCAAGGAAAUGACUUCUAUAUUCCCCUCUCUAGUGCCAGAAGUGUUAAGGGUCAAUCUGAUAGUGAAAGUGAAGAAACUUCUGGUAAAGCUCAUACUGAUGGUAUAAUCAAUGAGAUACGGAACUUGGUCAGCGGCCUUAACUCUGAGAAGAGUUUGCAGACUAAAGUAAAGGAAGCAAAAGAAAGCAUUCUUAAUGAAAUUGAAAAGCUAGCCGCUGAAGCCUAUAGCAUCUUCCGGAGCUCCACUCCAUCCUAUCCAGAGGAAGAUUCGGAUGCUGAUGAUGCAGAACCCACUAUUAACAUAUCCUCUGGAACAGGCUCAGGUUUUGAAAUAUUGUGCCAAGGUUUCAACUGGGAAUCUAAUAAAUCUGGACGAUGGUAUAUGGAACUCAAAGAAAAAGCUUCUGAAAUAUCUUCACUUGGGUUUACUGUGAUUUGGCUGCCACCACCAACCGAGUCUGUGUCACCUGAAGGUUACUUGCCGAAGGACUUGUAUAAUUUAAAUUCCAGGUAUGGAACAAUCGAUGAGCUGAAGGACCUCGUAAAAAGCCUCCAUGGAGUUGGUUUGAAAGUUCUUGGUGAUGUUGUAUUGAAUCACCGUUGUGCACACUAUCAAAAUCAGAAUGGUGUUUGGAAUAUAUUUGGGGGUCGCUUGAAUUGGGAUGAUCGUGCAGUAGUUGGAGAUGAUCCUCAUUUUCAGGGCAGGGGUAACAAAAGCAGUGGAGAUAAUUUCCAUGCUGCUCCAAACAUUGAUCAUUCACAAGAUUUCGUAAGGAAGGAUCUCAUAGAGUGGCUAUGCUGGCUAAGAGAAGAAAUUGGGUAUGAUGGGUGGAGGCUGGAUUUUGUCAGAGGAUUUUGGGGUGGUUAUGUCAAGGACUACUUGGAUGCAAGUGAACCAUACUUCGCGGUGGGUGAGUAUUGGGAUUCUCUCAGUUACACAUAUGGUGAAAUGGACCACAAUCAAGAUGCCCACCGACAGAGAAUUGUCGACUGGAUCAAUGCUACUAACGGAACUGCCGGUGCAUUUGAUGUCACAACUAAGGGAAUUCUUCAUUCGGCACUGGAAAGACGUGAAUAUUGGCGAUUAUCGGAUCAGAAAGGGAAGCCUCCUGGGGUUGUUGGAUGGUGGCCCUCUCGUGCUGUUACCUUUAUAGAGAAUCAUGACACUGGUUCUACCCAGGGUCAUUGGAGGUUUCCAGGUGGAAAGGAAAUGCAAGGAUAUGCAUAUAUCUUGACACACCCAGGAACACCGGCUGUGUUUUAUGAUCACAUUGUCUCCCACCAUCGCUCAGAGAUUGGUGCUCUUAUCUCUCUCAGAAACAGAAACAAAAUCCAUUGCCGGAGUAUAGUUGAAAUUGUGAAGGCAGAGAGGGAUGUAUAUGCGGCCACCAUAGACGACAGAGUUGCAAUGAAGAUUGGACCAGGUUAUUAUGAGCCUCCAAGUGGACCCCAAAGAUGGUCCUUAGCUCUUGAGGGAUACGAUUACAAGGUCUGGGAAGCAUCUUCUUAAUGCAAACUUGGGCUGGGAACUAUUUUUACUUUGCGUAGUGUAUAUAGUCAAUCCUCUAGGAAUGUCCAGCAUGUACCUCUCAUUCCAUCAUUUGUACCAUUUUUUACCCGAUAUACAUAUAGGGUGUUUGACCAAAGUCAGGGCUUACAGCAGGUGAUUGUUUAUUGGAGCCACUUAGCUACAGUCCAAGGAGUUUUAACUUAGUACUUGUUCAUUAUAUCUUAUUUUACAAUUCCUUACGAUAAUAACAUUGGAAGAACAAUUCCUUGCCUUCUGCCAAAUCUGUAAUAUUUUUGCAAAUUGGCUUUGUUGUUAUUAUUUUCUUAUAAUAUAAAAUGAAAUACUAUUUAUUCCUUUCCAA